AUGGAUGACUUUACCGCAUGGGUGACCGGGCCUACUGCGCGGAGUAACCGGGAAGGGAUUGAAGUGAUCAUCACUGACGCGCUCGACUGGGAAAGGAGGAGCAGAGCGACCUUUGAAGCUAAUAAAACAGCUAUUAUACACUUCACCCCCAAAGCACACAAGUCGGAACAGGAGCCUUUCACCAUCAAGGGACAAGCCGUCAAACCUAAAGACCAUGUCAAGAUUCUUAGUGUAAUAAUAGACACUAGACUUAAAUAUAAGGAACACAUCGCAAGGGCCGCAUCCAAGGGCCUAGAAGCAGCAAUGGAGCUCAGACGGCUCAGGGGUUUAUCCCCGUCAACAGCGCGACAACUAUUCACAUCAACUGUUACCACAGCCGUGGACUAUGCCUCUAAUGUCUGGAUGCACGCGUUCAAGGAUAAGGCCAUUGGCCCAAUCAACCGCAUCCAAAAGGUCGGGCAGAUCAAUGCAGAUCGCGAACCCAUACUCGGGGGAGCUAGCAGCAAUGGUACACACAUUGAGCACGCUACCAACAUUAAAGCAGUACAGAAUCACGCUCCUGACGAGCAAUAA